GAGCCCGGGCCCCGCGCCCAGGCCCGGACCAUGCAUGGCCACCGAGUCCCGGGGGGCCCUGGGCCUUCGGAUCCCGAACGCUCGGCGACGAAUACCCCUGGCGCGGCUCCACUGGCCUGUGCCGACUCGGACCCUGGAGUCUUGGAACCCGGUCUGCCGGUGCGCAGGGGCUCAGGCUCGGCUCUUGGAGGCCCUUUGGAUCCUCAGUUUGUCGGACCCUCUGACGCCAGCUUGGGGGCCCCUCCAAGCUCCCGGGUCUUGCCCUGCGGCCCUAGUCCACAGCACCACCGGGCCCUGCGCUUCUCCUACCACCUGGAGGGCUCGCAGCCUCGGCCUGGCCUGCACCAGGGAAACCGGAUCCUGGUUAAAAGUUUGUCCCUUGACCCUGGCCAGAGUCUUGAGCCUCAUCCAGAAGGCCCCCAACGGCUUCGUUCAGAUCCAGGCCCUCCCACUGAAACCCCUGGCCCACGUCCUUCACCAUUGAAGCGGGCACCAGGCCCAAAGCCACAGGUCCCCCCAAAGCCCAGCUACUUGCAGAUGCCCCGGAUGCUUCCUCCACCUGAGCCCAUUCCUCCGCCACCGUCACGCCCUCUGCCUGCAGACCCUAGAGUGGCCAAGGGUCUAGCCCCAAGAACUGAGGCCAGCAGCAGUUCUGCGGCAGUGUCCUCAUUGAUUGAGAAGUUUGAAAGAGAGCCUGUGAUUGUCGCCUCGGAUAGGCCAGCCCCUGGCCCCUGCCCAGUUCCCCCAGAGCCAGCCAUGUUGCCACAGCCACCCCCGCAGCCAACAGUGUCCCAGCUCCCUGAGGGUGAGGCUUCUCGCUGCCUGUUCCUGCUGGCUCCUGGGCCCCGGGAUGGUGAGAAGGUACCUAACCGGGACAGCGGCAUUGACAGCAUCAGCUCGCCAUCCAACAGCGAAGAGACCUGCUUCGUCAGUGAUGACGGGCCCUCCAGCCACAGCCUCUGUCCUGGGCCCCCUGCCCUGGCUAGUAUGCCAGUUGCUUUGGCCGACCCCCACCGGCCUGGCUCCCAGGAAGUUGACAGUGACCUGGAAGAGGAAGACGAAGAGGAAGAAGAGGAGGAGGAGAAGGAAAGAGAAAUUCCAGUGCCCCCACUGGAGAGACAGGAGUCUGUGGAGCUGACAGUGCAGCAGAAGGUCUUCCAUAUUGCCAAUGAGCUUCUACAAACCGAGAAGGCCUAUGUUUCCAGGCUCCAUCUCCUGGACCAGGUGUUUUGUGCCCGGCUGCUGGAAGAGGCUCGGAAUCGCAGUUCCUUUCCUGCUGAUGUUGUCCACGGCAUCUUCUCUAACAUCUGCUCCAUCUAUUGCUUCCACCAGCAGUUCCUGCUGCCUGAGCUAGAGAAGCGUAUGGAGGAAUGGGACCGCUACCCACGCAUUGGUGACAUCCUGCAGAAGUUGGCACCCUUUCUCAAGAUGUAUGGCGAGUAUGUGAAGAACUUUGACCGGGCAGUAGAGCUGGUCAACACAUGGACAGAGCGCUCCACACAGUUUAAAGUCAUCAUCCAUGAAGUGCAGAAGGAGGAAGCCUGCGGCAACCUGACCUUGCAGCACCACAUGCUGGAGCCCGUGCAACGCAUCCCCCGCUAUGAGCUUCUUCUCAAGGACUAUCUGUUGAAGCUGCCUCAUGGCUCCCCGGACAGCAAGGAUGCCCAGAAGUCUUUGGAGCUGAUAGCCACAGCAGCGGAGCACUCCAAUGCUGCCAUCCGAAAAAUGGAACGAAUGCACAAGCUGCUGAAGGUCUAUGAGCUGCUAGGGGGUGAGGAGGACAUUGUCAGUCCCACCAAAGAGCUCAUAAAAGAAGGCCAUAUACUUAAGCUGUCAGCAAAGAAUGGGACCACUCAAGACCGAUACCUCAUAUUAUUCAACGACCGCCUCCUUUACUGCGUGCCCAGGCUGCGGCUCCUUGGCCAGAAGUUUAGCGUGCGGGCACGCAUUGAUGUAGAUGGCAUGGAGCUAAAGGAGAGCUCCAACCUCAACAUGCCUCGGACCUUCCUGGUGUCAGGAAAGCAGCGCUCUCUGGAACUCCAGGCCAGGACUGAAGAGGAGAAGAAAGACUGGGUCCAGGCUAUCAACUCUACCCUCCUGAAGCACGAACAGACCCUGGAGACUUUCAAACUGUUGAACUCAACAAACAGGGAUGAUGAAGAUACUCCCCCUAACUCUCCAAACGUGGACCUUGGGAAGAGGGCACCUACGCCUAUCCGGGAAAAGGAAGUCACCAUGUGCAUGCGCUGCCAGGAGCCCUUCAAUUCCAUCACCAAACGCAGACACCACUGCAAGGCCUGUGGGCAUGUGGUCUGUGGAAAAUGCUCUGAGUUUCGGGCCCGCCUCAUCUAUGACAACAACCGUUCCAACCGUGUGUGCACUGAUUGCUAUGUGGCCUUGCAUGGAGCACCUGGGAGCAGUCCAGCCUGUAGCCAGCAUACACCGCAGCGCAGGAGGUCCAUCUUAGAGAAACAGGCCUCGGUGGCUGCUGAGAACAGCGUCAUCUGCAGCUUCCUGCACUACAUGGAGAAGGGUGGGAAAGGAUGGCACAAGGCAUGGUUUGUGGUUCCCGAGAAUGAACCCUUGGUGCUGUACAUCUAUGGAGCCCCUCAGGACGUGAAAGCCCAGCGCAGCCUGCCCCUCAUUGGCUUUGAGGUGGGGCCUCCUGAGGCAGGGGAACGUCCUGACAGGAGGCACGUCUUCAAGAUCACACAAAGCCACCUAAGCUGGUACUUCAGCCCAGAGACAGAAGAACUCCAGCGGCGCUGGAUGGCUGUGCUUGGCAGGGCGGGCCGUGGGGACACAUUCUGCCCAGGGCCCACACUGUCUGAGGACAAGGAGAUGGAGGAGACACCAGUGGCAGCCUCAGGAGCCACUGCUGAACCUCCUGAAGCCUCCCAGACCCGAGACAAGACCUAGAGGGU